AUGGACAGCCCAAAGCACCAUGUGGCAAUCCUCCCCAGCCCCGGCAUGGGCCACAUCAUACCCCUCCCAGAGUUCGGUAAACGUUUAGUUACUCUCUACGGCUUCCACGUCAGCUUCUUCGUCCUAACAACCGAUGCCUCAGCUGCCCAAACCCAUCUCCUCCGCUCCACAAAUCUUCCCCAAAACCUUAACAUCAUCCACCUCCCACCGACCGACGUCUCUGGACUGAUCCCUCCCGACGCUGCAAUAGAAACCCGAAUGUCUAUCAUCGUUAGAGAAUCAGUCCCCGCCCUUCGUUCCGUACUAGCAGAGCUGGCGCGGCCCACCGUCCUCCUUGUCGACAUCUUCGGCACCGACACGUUCCCGAUCGCAGAUGAGCUAAACAUGCCUAAGUACGUGUUCUUCACAUCGACGGCAAUGCUGCUAACGCUCCUGAUGUAUUUGCCAACGCUCGACGUGGAGGUUACAGGAGAGUACGUCCAUCUCCAAGAACCGGUGCGGAUUCCUGGCUGCAAGCCUAUCCAGAUUGAGAACUUGGUCGACCCGUUACUGGACCGGAAGAACGAUCGGUAG